CUGGUCGCCGCCUUUCGCUUGUCGCCGAAACUGCGCUUCUCGUGGUGGGUGCGUAAGCCCUCAGAUUUGUUGCAAUGCACUUCUUUCAUUGAGCUUUGUUUUCCGUCGGGUCCUGUCUGCCAUUUGGCUGUUCUUCCUUCGCUCCUCCGAGACGCGGUAUUGCAAUAGACCUCACUAGACAGUCUUGCUUUUGAUGCUGUGAUGGAUCUCUCUCCGCGAGCCCUUGUCAGGCUCCUCCUGCCGCGACUGCCACUAUUGCUUAAGACGAUCGUCCUCAACGCGCUUUCCUUGUCGCCUAAUUCAUCAAAGCAAGAUUUGACAACAGAGGUGGUUGUGGUUGUUCUGCGAUCUAUCAUGAGGGUCAGAAAGCCCAUGGGAUAUCUGCAACACAUCUCUAAGAAGGACCCUGGAAUCAAGGGACCGAUUUGCAUCGCCAAAGUGACCAUUCCACCACCUCUUGACGAGACCGGCCCGCGAGAAGCUAUUGUGGCGGCUAUAAAAGAGCUUGGAGACGGUAGCGAAACAUACACUCUUCCCGACGUCGUGGGCGUGGAAGCCGAGUGGACUGGCUUCAGAAAAGGCGUGCCUGCUCAUGAAUCUAGACCAGACGUAUCCGAAGACGACCAUUAUAGAAUUCUGAUGGCAAGCGUUUCGGCCAACACCACGAUUCUGUAUUUCCAUGGCGGUGCCUACUUCUUGAUGGACCCGGCUUCGCAUAGAGAUCCUGUUUCCCGUCUCGCACGACUGACUGGAGGUCGCUGCUAUUCUGUCAGAUACCGUCUAGCCCCUCAAAAUCCUUUCCCUGCUCAGUUGCUCGAUGGAUUGGUGGCUUAUUUGUCGCUCCUGGCGCCUCCCAAGGGCCUGCCCCACGACCCUGUACCUGCGAAACAUAUCGUAUUUGCCGGGGACUCUGCUGGCGGGAAUCUUGCUGUGGCAUUAUUGCAGCUCCUCUUGACACUGCAGAGAAUGGGUGUGACCAGCAUCAAAUUCCAUGGUGUCGAUGUCCCCAUUGAGCUUCCAGCGGGCAUUUGCCCCAACAGUGCGUGGGCCGACAUAUCUCGGUCCAUGCCCUCUAUAAACCACAAUGCUCACCUGGAUUAUCUGGAUCCACCUACUCCAGAAGGCGUGUCGAAAUCAGAUCCUCUUCCGGAUGAUCUAUGGCCGGCAAGCCCUCCUCGAGCAAACAUCUUCUGUAACGCAUCAGUGAUGGCACACCCUCUCGUGUCACCUCUAGCUGCUGGCCCGGAACUCUGGAAGGGGAUGCCUCCAGCAUGGCUGUGCCUGGGUAACGAAGGACUGGAGGACGAGAUCACGAUUCUCGCUCGCAGAAUGCAUCAGGGUGGUGGAGUGGUGGAUUUCGUGGGCUACGAGGGGAUGCCGCAUUGUUUUGCCAUGGUGUUCCCCAAAACUCCGAAAAGCAGGGACUGCUUUGAACGUCAGACAAAUUUCUGCUCGGCUGUCGUCGACGGCACUGGCCCUACUUCGAGCAGAUUUGUUUGGGUAAAGGCCUUUUCCAAACCAUCAAGCACCGAGGAGCUGGACCCAGAUCAGCUGAGCAAACUUAGUGACCAAGAGGUGACGGACGCGAUAAAUACAAUGCAGAACCAUGCAAGGAAGAGGGAGGCACAAGCUUUGAUGAAGUGGCACGAACAGCAAACUAGGGCCAAGCUAUGAAGACAUUGCAGGGUUCAUAUCCCUCUCUUUCCCAAUUUCGGAGCCAGUCUACAACUUGGCCUUGUUUGAUGGGUGUACGCGAGGUCUUGAACCAGUGUCGACCUCGUUGAACCACGGAUACAAGGGCGGGCCGUCUUUCUCGAGAGUUGCAGAGAACUCUGGCUGUCUCUUCUCCAUGAAGCUUUGUACACCUUCCUUGCAAUCGGGGUUGGCAAACAUGUGGUAGAGGACGGCGCUAUCGAGAAGAUGAGUUUCCUCAGCUGAUGGUUUUCCUCUCCACAUCAACUCUCUAUUCAUGAAUCCAGCCAACACACUUGUCUUCUCUGCAAUGGUGGUAGCGAGUUCAAGUGCUCGCCUCAAGACACCGGCUUGAUCCUCAAUGACCUCCUGGAAAAGAUUUCCAAAAUGCUUCGAAUCGCCUCUGUAUACGUCGCCUGUCGUGAGCAGGUACAGGGCGUUCGAGUAGCCAAUCAGCCUUGGCAGGAAGAAGGACGAGUUUGACUCCAUGGUGAUUCCCCGUCUGGCGAAGACAAAGCCAUAUUUUGACGAGGCGUGGGCGAUUCUGAUGGCAGCCGACAAGCUCAAGGUCAUACCCAGACCAACAGCGGAUCCGUUCAUCGCGACAAUGGUUGGUUUCCGGCAUCGAUAGAUGCACAGAUUGAGGCGACCACCGCUGUAGUGCUGGGUCAGCAAACGACACAGCGCUCCAACUACGAUAAACGUACCUGUCGCGAUGAUCCACCAGUCUCUCCCUCUCUCCUCCACUGGGGAAUCCGAUUUCGAGAUCCGCGCCCGCACAGAACAUCUUGCCGGCUCCGGUGAUGACGAUGCAUUUGACUCGUUCGUCGAGGUCGAACAUGGGGUAGACCAGUUCGAAAUCGCGCAUCAUCUGGACUGUGAAGGCAUUGCCUUGCUUUGGACGGUUCAACGUCACCACUACCACCGGGGUAGCUUCCGGUGUAUUCUCAGGGUAAUGGGACACCUUGAUAUCCUUGACAGGGAGGGAUUCGUAGGACGUGGGGAUUUUGACCGUGACUGGAUCCGGCAACAUGGUGGAAGUUGUGGAAUAGAUACAGGGGGACAGCAGCAAUGAUGACCACCUACUGGCUGACAGCCUUAUUAGACGUACGGUACGGAUUUCCACCGAUAGCAGCACCUUGAAUAUAGAAGAGAGAUGCACUUGCCGGAGAGAGGAUCUGGGGGUUCAAAGAGCUGUUAUGCCCAUUGAAUCUUUUGCACACGUGGAUAAGCCUGGGGAGCCUCGGUUUGAACUGCAUUUGAUUUGUGAACAUGCAACCGUGGGCUUUGGCUUUGCCAUUGGGGGUUUGAUUGGUUCAUAUUAGUCCCUGGACAUCUGCGGAACCACCAGAAGUACCUGCAUACCUAGGUAUGCAGGUAGGUACACAGUUGUAAGUAAUCGAUACCGAGAGCGAGGACGAGGCGGUUCCG